UAAAACAUAUCGCUCCUUCGAAAAAAAGAAAUGAAUAAAAAGGCCUAAAAUACUCUAUAGUAGCCGGAGCUGAAUCCAACCCCUGACGGCGUGGCGUAGGCUAUCGUUCUUCUCGUUGGUCGUUGGUGUGGCGGAGGAGCUAAGCGAAACCCUAAUUUAGUAACAGUGACAGGUCUGUGAAGAGAGAGAGGGGACCGAGAAUGACGGUCAAACCGUUGGAGUUGCUACCUCCCACAGAAACGUUAGAGAUGGAGAGUGGUCUUAAGCUGGUGCCGCGUCUGAGACUCAACUUCACAGUCUAUCCGUCGAGCCCUUCAGUGAGUAAAUCCCUUGAUGAGUGGAAGUUGAAGCGAGCUCUCAUUGACUUUCUCAAGACUUCGCUUUCGGUUCCGGUAAUUGUCCCUGAGGAGGAUUUGGUGAUCAAACGCAUUAAAGAAGUUAAGACACGCAAGCGCGAAGACCCACUUGCUCGCGGUACUCUCUUCGUGCGAGAUCUUGGAUUUUUGAAAAGUGCUUACAAGAGGUAUGAGGAGGAGGAAGAGGAAAUCACGGUGUUGGAGAAGAAGUUUUUGGAUUGGAGGCGAUUCCUGGUUGAGAAAUUGGAUGGGAUUGAGCUGAAUCUUGAGGGGUUCAAAUUCAAACUCACAGUCGUUAUACCGGAAUCUGAUAAUUUUGAGGCAAUGAAGACGGCUUGGGGGGAUUUUUACGCAUUUGGGAAUCGUGGAUAUUCGAGAAAUGGGAACCAAGGACCUGAUACCAUUACCUUGAGGGGUGCUCCAUCAAGGUGGUUUGCCGAGCCUCGGGUUUCGUCAAAGCCCUCCAUGUUGGUCACACAUACCAUCUUUUCUACAUUUGGAAAGAUAAGGAACCUAAAUAUUGCUGUCGAUGAUGCUUUUGGUAAGGACGGCAAUGAGGAUGCAGAAGACAUAAUUUCAGGCUUACACUGUAAAAUAACAGUUCAGUUUGAGAAACACAGGGACUUUUACAAUGCUCUAAAGGUGCUGUCUGGUCGCUCAUUGCAGAAGCAAGGAUCUCGCCUCUGGGCUGAUUAUGAGGUUACAUGGGACAAGGAUGGCUUUACCCAACACUCAAGAAAUCCACAACAGGGUGAUGGCAGCAGAAUGCAGGAAAUGGCAGCAGGGCAAUUUAAGAGUGAGGCCUUGAGAAGACAACGAUAUUCUGGCUCCAUUCCUGAUGAUUCACGGCGCAAGAGGUUCAAGGAAUAGGUGAAGUUGGGUCUGCAGCUUGCCUUAGUGAAAGCUUAAAGUUUGCUCCUGGCAUUACUUGCACCUCUUGCAGCCGCAAAUAGUCUUUCUGCAAUUUGUAAUGACUAUCUGACUUCUGUUUCUUGCACAAAAUUCUACAAUGUGAUGCCUCCCCUCAUAUUGCAGGAUGCUGUGUUGCAUCAUAUUCGUCCUGGUAUCUUCUCUCUCCCACAGGCCCACAUUAUAAUCCCUUGGCCUCUGAAAAUUUUGUAUAAAUGUUUAAGAAACCGGCUCGAGCUAACUUAUUAACAGAGAGGAGAUAUAAAAGUAUUCGUUUUGCUAGACCUGA